AUGUUCACUUAUAUCAACCGAUUCACAAGACAGUUCAAGGUUAUAUGUCUUAAUGAUAAUAAUGCACGUGUUAUACAUGUUUCACUAAAUGCUUUACGAACAUUAUUACCUUUUUUAUUAAUUAAUAGUCAUGCAUUUACAAUCAUAAGAAUUGAAUUAUUGAAAGAUUCUAUUCAACAUAGUACAAGUUCCUGUGUUCUUGCUAAAUUUGCUCUAGCUCAACUUAUGGAUGAUAUUGAUUUUCGAAUAUUAACUUAUCUUGAACAACAAUUAAAACAACAGUACCCUGAUAUACGUGUUCGUCAAGCAAUUGCUUCGACUUUUGCUAAUCUUAAAAAAUGUAUUAAUACAAAUGAAAGUGAUUUGCAAGUUGCUGUACUCGAUUUACUUGUUCAAUUACUUUUAAUUCGUCAUUUUAUUUGUUGUAUUGCUGAAUUUCUUGCUAUGUUAUCACAUGAUACACUUCAUUCAAAACAAGUUAUUAAAGUACAAGAUUUAAUAAAACAUUAUGAUUCAUUAUUAGCAAGUGGACAUGAACCUGAAACACAUGCUUUGGCAGCAUUAAAAGCAGUUUUAUAUGAUUUUUUUCUUGAUCAAUCACUUUUGGAUAUUUAUUCCACACAAUUAACACUAUUUGAUGUUGUGUCAUCAGUUGAAUUACGAUCAAUUGAUUCAUUUGUUACUGCUUUUCGAGCAUUAGUAAAUAGAAAUGUUCGUUGUUUUUAUUUAUAA